AUGGACAGUCGUAUCUCCUCACGCGCAGUGCCCCGAGACGACGCGUGGUUCGAGCCGCCGUUCUUCGUCCUUCGUCCCUGGGACGAGGACAGGUCGUGCUGGAGCACCGAGGGCUUCUACGACACCCGGUACAACGAGGACCUACGCUGCAGGUCGUGGCCGGCGCGCACACUGCGUCUGGGUCUGUUCGGGCUGGCCGUGAACCGCUUCUCGAACCUCCCCUACCAGAACUGGUCGUACGCGCCGACCGGACCGGCCUCGGCUGAACUGAACAUCACCGCCGCCGUGGCCGGCGUCCGCAUGGCCGACGAUCUGGUGAGCCUGUGUGAGGUCACUGGCGGCUCCAGCAACUGCCUGGAACAGUACUACGAUAAAUUUAUGAAGCCGGAGAAACUCAUUCAGACGCUGCAGCGGCACGGGCUGGACCUGUUUCCCGAGGAGGACUCGUACCUCUACAUCGAGGGAACGUCGCUGAAGCACCAGCCGUGCGAGAAGCACCUCUACUGGUGCAUGGCGCUGGUGGGCAACGCGUACGGCUUCAGCUCGAGCCGCUGGAACCUGCUGGCCGGGGCUGAGAACCUGGUGCUGCAGUUCAAAGAGAUGCUCAGCGAACAGCUGCAGGGUAACCCUGCACUGCUGCUGGUACGGCCGCGCAAAACCACCAUUGUGGAAUGUGGCGAGACCAGCCAGGGCUGGAGUGACCAGGAGGCGCCAGGAAUGCCGUACUUUGCCGACCUGUACCACCUGGUGGAGGCCCUGGGCUCGGAGGAGGCACGCGCUCGGCUGGAGGCGGCGCCCUGCACGUUCGUCAACUGCCUGCACACGUUGUUCACCGCCACGCGACUGCUCUCCUACUCCUAGUGUGGCCACAAUGAGUCAGCGCAGCGGUCCAGUGGUGCUCAGUGAUAUACUGCCGCUAUCUGAUCUCCGAUCGCAUCCGAUCAUACGCCGACGCGAUUCAAGACGACUCCGGGUUUCAGCUGUGAGACGGUCAGCUGGUUGAUGCUAGUCAUGGUGGAGAUUUUCAACUGAACCAAAGUGAAAAUGGAGCAGUUUCUCUUGAAGAAGCUAACAGUAGAACGCGAUGUAUGUACUGUACUGAUCAAUGAUCAUGUUGUAAUUUAGCAGCAGCUCGAUAGGAUUGAUGCUCUCUUCCGACGAGGAAGCUAUUGAAACUCGCUGGCUAACCUAGCUUCGCAUUAUUCUCUUCCGACACCUCAUCGUGUGUUACCCGCUGACCUCAUCUGAGAUGUGCUGCUGAAGAUGUGCAAUAAAUCGAUCUCUGUACUCUGC